AUGACGUUUCCAGCGUCACGUGAGAGUAUUAUGGGAUGCGCACCACAGGGAAUUCCAACAUUGGAGGUCGGCAGCACGCAGCAGCUUUAUCUGCCGAAACAUGGAGCUGUCGGCUGUAGGGGAACGAGUUUUCGCCGCCGAAUGCCUGGUCAAAAAAAGGAUCCGAAAGUGCAAAGCCGAGUACCUAGUGAAAUGGAAGGGGUGGUCGCCCAAGUACAACACCUGGGAGCCGGAGGAGAAUAUUCUGGACCCCAGACUUCUCGCAGCCUUCGAAAAUAGCUUACGUGAAAGGGAGGUGGGUGGCCACAAGAGAGGUCCCAAGCCGAAAAAGCUUCGUCUACAGAUGAGACACGGGGACGCUUCUGUGGCGCUCCCCGAACCUAACUCGGAAGGGUACGCGGAGCAGGAGGACCCUGGCGGCCAUGUUAGAACUGAGGAGGAAGAAGCACCAGGCGGCAGUCCAGACCAAGAGACGUCCCAAUCGAACGGGCUGGUUUCGUCCCGUCCUGCCGCUUCUCCGCCGAGUGAAGACGACCAAGUCCCGAGCCCGGCAGGGAUGUCUUCCGGGGAAGACCAGCCGAGCCCGGGCGGGCAGCAGAUCGCAGGCAGUCCGGGGAGAAGCCCGACUCCCGCCCGGCCUCCCUGGGAAAGGGAAACCCAACACAAAGGUCACUUCGGAGGGGCAACUAAAUCGGCUGGUGACGAGAUCUCGCUGCCAAGCCGGAGUCCCGCCGCACCACUAAAUCACACCAAGGCCUCGGAGCGACCGGCCCCGCUUCUCAANGUAAAAUCCAAGACGCACAAAGCCAAGAAACGGUCUAAAGACAAGCCCAAGGAUCUGUCCGUCCGUCGGCGUGUGGGCCGACCAAAGGGGAAAAGCAAGAAACACAGCCAUGCCGUCCCCGCCCCCACCCCUCCCACUCUAUCCCCCAUCUCUCCACCCCACAAGCCUUCCUCACCGCCAAACAAACCACAAAAAGACUCGUCUAAACGUAAGCAGCCCGUCUUCGAAAUAUGGAAUCCAUUUGAGGACACGGGCAGUCGAAAACAACAGACCGUGAACCCGCCCGCCAAGGCAAGGAGCCCCCCACUCGCUGCCCGGCCGCCGAACUCCCGUCCCGCGGUGUGUCCCUCCCGAGCCGCGGGCUGGCAGCCUCCUAACGCCCUGAUGAACCAGGUUCUCAUCACGGACGUCACGACCGGGAUGGUCACAGUCACCGUCAGAGAGUGUUUCACCGAUAAAGGCUUCUUCAAGAACAGGGGAACCUGAAUACGGAAGUUGGCCUGUCGUUUGAUCAAGAAAGAACUGUUGGUUUGAUCGACGUGCACAGUCGUCCGUUCUGAACUCCGUAAUGUCCGUUCGUCUGUCGAACAAUAGCAGGACUCGGGCAGAAGAGGAGGAAGACAAACUGUCAAACGUUCAGUAAACGUUGUAACUGUCAAAGUUCGUACUAUAUAUAUACUCCAUAGUUGUCGUCGUCCUGAGAUACACGUAUAUCUAAUCAACAUGGACGUGUCACGUCAGACCAGGCUUGCACUUGUGCUACGAAGUCAGGACCUAUACUUACAGCUAUCCUCCUGCACGGUAUCAACUCUAGAUAUUGUUCACGUUAGACCCAAAGAGUUGUUAAAACACACUCUACAUCGUCUGGACUUAACAGUUAUAAUACUGACACGAGAUUACAAAAGAAUGUUUAAAGUGGUUCUUGAUUUCCAAAAGAACAUUCACGCUUGGCAUGAGGAAUUAUUCAAUAUCAAUUUUUUUUCUUCUUCAGACCCACUUUGUAUACCAUAAAGCAAUGUGUCGCAACAAGAAAGUUUGAUUGAAAAAGGAUCGAGAGCGGCGUGAAGGGACAAAAAAUUAAGUGGGAAUUAAUGUAAGUCAGUCUUUUGACUAAUCAAAUGUAUAUCGUAUCAAUUAAUAUGACUUUGUAUUAUAAUGGCCAUAAGUAUUUUGCUACUACCACGGAGCCAUGAUGUAUAUAAGGUAACGGAUAUAACCGUUCACGUCUUAUACAGGCAUAGUCGUUAAAACGUAGAUGUCAGGCAAUUGUCUUGUAUUCUAAUAUACCGCAGUGGAGCCCAACUACAGAACAAGUGUAAUUUUGCUUAUUUAUAUGUGAAUAAAUAUAAAAAAACAACGA